CAUGUGAAGCAGGUUGGCAGGUAAAGGAAUUCGCCAUGUGGACUCUUGUGGUUCUUUGCAGCGUGAUUGCCUCACUUGGAGUGCAAGGUGCUGAUCAGAUCCAAAACAGUGAGGAAAAGAAUCUGGCAACAGGUUCUCCAGAUUCCUGCCUAAACAGCUGUGGCAACCAUGUUGGAAACUGCUCUUGCUCUUCAAGCUGUGGAAGCAAUGGGACCUGCUGUCCAGACUAUUAUGAUUACUGCUCUUCUACAGCUGAACCAACAGCACGUACAGCUCAGUCCUCAUGUCGUUACAACUGCGGCUGGAACAUGGGAACCUGUUCCUGCGCAAGCUCUUGUCAAUACUAUGGCAACUGUUGCCAUGACUACAACUAUUACUGCCCUGCAAGCACUACCCAGGACCCUUACGUGACACCUCGGCCCUCGUGUCGUUACAACUGUGGCCAACACAUGGGAAGCUGCUCCUGCUCAAGCUCUUGUCAAUACAAUGGCAACUGCUGCUACGACUACUAUUCCUACUGCCAAGUCACAACUUACAUGCCAACUACAGCAUCGCCCUGUGGAGGCUCUCUGUACGGCUCUGGUUCCUUCUCCAGCCCGAACCAUCCCAACAGCUACCACAAUAACGCCUACUGUGUGUGGCAGCUCAGUGCUGCACACGACCAACGAAUCUUCCUGUCGUUCGACUACCUGCAAUUGGAGAACUGCUGCGGCUGUGACUAUAUUAACGUCUACGAUGGGCCGUCUGUUAACUCAAGAUUUCUGGGUAAAGUGUGCUACGACAGUCUACAACAGAGUACUUUCAACUCCACCUCCAACUACAUGACGGUGCUCUUCCAGACUGAUGGCUCUGUGGUUGGUCGAGGGUUCAAUGCUGACUUCAUUAGCUCUCUGCCAGCAAGCUCAGGUCGAGUGGACUGUUCCUCAGACAACAUGAACAUUGUGAUCGAGAGGAGUUACCUCAACUCUCUCGGCUACGACGGCCAGAGUUUGUAUCUGAAUGACCAGUACUGCAGACCCCAGGUUUCCAGUUACCAGGUGGUCUUCAACUUCCCCAUUAACACCUGUGGCAAUGUUCGAAAGUUUGAGAAUGGCAGCAUUGUGUACACCAACUCUCUCCGAGCCUACGCCUCCACCUCUGGCGAGAUCACCCGCCAGUCUCACUUUAAGAUGAACGUGGGCUGUCGGAUGGAGCCGGAUUCAGUGUCCCAGAUCAUGUACGUUGUCCGUCACAAUGAUAACAGCAGCAUUACCGGAACAGGCAGAUUCAAUACCAGCAUGGCGCUCUACACAUCCAAUAACUUCUACCAUCAGGUGACGGAGGUUCCAUACAUGGUGACGCUCAACCAGUACAUGUAUGUCCAAGUGGACCUGGGGAGGGGGGACAGCUCCCUGGUCCUCUAUCUGGACACCUGUGUGACCUCACCAUCGCCCCAUGAUUUCCAGAACAGAUCUCACUACCUGGUCCGCAAUGGCUGUCCUGUGGAUAACACCUACUAUGCCUACGUCAGUGGCACCCAUCCCUAUGCCCGCUUCAGAUUUCAGGCCUUCCAAUUCCUGCGAGCCACAGAGUCGGUGUACAUCCAGUGCAAGGUCCUGAUAUGCCUCGCCUCUGACAACAAUUCCCGCUGCCGCCGUGGAUGCUACAACCGCGCCGCCAGAGACGUGGGGUCAAAACACGACAGCCAAACUCUGGUCCUGGGUCCCAUCCAACUCAAAGAACCAGAGAAACAGGAGGAAGAGACUCCUAAGCAGGAGAAGGCUUAACUUGAUUCUGCGGCUUCAAUCAUCUUCACUGUUCUUUUUGUUCAUUGUGACAAUGAAUCAGCACUUCUUUCCUUUCAUCAUUAACUGAUUAAAAGCAUCCUCAAAAGACAA